GUAAAAGGUUUUUUAGCAGGAGUGAGUAGUGGUGUUGCAAAGUUAGUUGUUGGUCAUCCGUUCGAUACUGUCAAAGUUAGAUUACAAACAGAGGGAUAUCAUGGUAAAUUCUCUGGUCCUAUUGAUUGUCUUGUUCAAACUGCCAAGAAAGAAGGAGUGAAAGGUCUUUAUAAAGGUGCAUUGGUUCCUUUGUUUGGCUGGUCAAUUAUGGAUAGUGUUUUACUUGGAACUGUUACUUAUGUAAGAAAAUAUAUAAAGGAAUCAAGCAAAGAUCCAAAUUAUCAAUUAACAAUACUGGACCAUUCUAUUGCUGGAUUUGUUGGUGGUAUGACUUGCAGUUUUGUGGCUAAUCCUAUUGAACAAAUUAAAUCAAGACUCCAAGUUCAAUAUAAUUGGGAUACUUCUACUCAAAGGUACAAAGGACCUGGAGAUUGCAUGAAACAACUUUACCGUAAUCAUGGUGUGGCAGGAUUUUAUACAGGAAUGACAGGAACAUUGUGGUUCCGUUCAUUUUGUUCAGUUUACAUUGGAUCCUAUGAAUAUUUCAAACAAUUAGGAAAUGAAUAUAGGGUACCAACUACUCUAAAUAACUUUAUUGCUGGAGGAAGUGCUGCAACAGUAAUGUGGAUUGGAUGUUUCCCUGCAGACACAGUGAAAAAUAGAAUCAUGUCACAACCAGAUGUUCCAAAAGAUCAAUUGAAAUAUAAGGGCUUGAUUGAUUGUGUGAAAAAGAUUUAUGUUAAUGAAGGAGGGUUGAAAGGAUUUUAUCGUGGAUUUGUUCCAUGCCUAUUGAGAUCAUUCCCAACAAAUGGAGCCUCAUUCUUAGCUUGGGAAUUUACAAUGAAAUGGCUUUCUUAA